AUGAAUAACCUCAAGCUCUCGGUUUUUGGCAAAAGUUUCGGGAUCUGCCGACGGCCAUGCAGGGUCCCAACCAUAGUCAUCGGGAAAUUCACCAGUCAAGUAAGAUGGAGGCUCGCCGGAGAGUGGUCCAAGGUACUUGACACGAUCAUGACCAUACCAAGAGCUCCCGAAGCAGCUGCCUUUCCAAGCAAUCUUCCUCAUGGAGACUCGCCAUUGCCGCUGUGGGUGGUUGAUGAAAACUCAAUGACUCCAUUCAAAGGAACGACUUUGCUCGCGAAAGUGGAUGACGGAGUUGUAGUUGCCAUGCUUUAUGUUUUAAGUAGAGGGUGGAGUGACUCGCUGCUCGUCCUUGUGAGUUUGGCUAGGAGAUGA